AUGUCGGCAGGCUUAAAGAGGGAUGACUUAACUAACAUAUAUCUCAACGACAGAAAUCUUGAAGGGCUUGAGGUCCUCUAUGGGACCAACACCAUUCAUAUUGACACACGCAUUCUUCUGCUUGCUCUCCAUGAAAUCCUAUCACCGGAAAAGUUACGCUUAAUGAAGGAUCUCGAAAUCAACGUAUCUAGAAUCAUUGACGUUUCUUCUUACUUCAAAGGGCUCUCCAACGAGACUCCAGCUGGAAACGGCUCAGUUUUGUUUCCAUCUCUACGCCGAUUGCGGUUCACCGUUUCCGGCAUGGACUACUUUCCCCAGGAGGAAGUAGACAAACUAGCACAAAGAAUACUAUUACCUAGCACAGAAGUCAUAGUGUCCCACGAUGAUGGCUCACACUGGUAUGAUGAGGGGAAUAUAGAAUCUAGAUCAGACGCUAUCAUUGGUCUCUACAAGGGCCUAAAACUACUAUGGAUUGUUUCGGAAGAUGAAAUUCAUGAUAGGCCAAGGCCCCGUUCAUAG